UUGAUUUGAAAUAAAUAAACCGAUCAAAAUAGACUUUGCUAAGGCAGAAUUGUUGAAAAAUUUAAUUGUUAAUACUCGGAAUACAAUUGAAAAUUAUAGAAAUUGAUAUUGACUGACGCUCGCGAUGUCUUUUUCCCAAUCGUUAUGUUUUGGUGAGAACACCUUGCAAGAAUUAGAAAAAGCAGUGAAGGUGUCAACACCAAAUCGAUCCACCGGUGUUAUCAACUCCGAUUCGGAUAUCAUCGAAGAAUCACCAACGAAUCACUCAUCAGUUCUUUCGUAUCGCGAACGCAAACAAUUCAACAAAUCGAAAACAUUUCACAAAAAGAGAAAAGUGAAAAGUCGUUCAUCCGGACAGUUGUCGUCUGCUCCGUCCAACACAAACUCAUCCGUCUGUUCAAAUGGUUCGCUGUCACAGUUUAUGCGAUCAGAGUACGAUUUCGGUGAUGAGAUUUCGAAAAUUCUACCCGGAAGUUCGAGUAAGACAAACAACACCAACAAAAAUAUCUGUGAUAGUACAACGUCCGAUGAAAAAGCUGCAGACAAUUUGCAGAAAACCGAAAAUGGCCAUUGCUACGAAAGUGAAAUGUUUAGUCAAUGGAUUGUUCCCACUGUUCCGGAAUUGCCGCCGAAACCAACAACUGAGACCAAAGCGAACGAUAAACAAAGCACUUGGGGCGAAGACUCGUAUAUGUUCAAUGACAUUGAUCUAGACUUCGGCAAUGAGAUUCAAGUCAACAAUGAACUACUACAAAUAGAUGAGGAAAUAGGGCUAGGUCUCGACAAUGUUACGUUUAGUCAGAAUUUCUUCAGCGGAGCCGAAAACAUUGAAAACAUAAAUGGCGAAGAAGUGAUCAAUGUGGAUAAGUCGGAUUUCAUCGACAAAGACAUUGAUAGUGAUAACGAUUUGUUCACGGAGGAAAUGAAAGCAGAAUGCUUGGAACUAUCCAUGUCAAGAAACACUCAGAUGAGUACGUUAAAUGUUAACAUCUCCGGUGAGCAGAAUUUUACAUUAAAUUAUUCAGAUAGUACAGUGGAUGAUGAGGAGGUAGAAGAACGAACAGAUAAUGUCAACGAAAACAACAGCAAUGGAAUCAGCAACGGGCUCGAUGAAAAUUUGCAGUCGCAUUCAAUCAAGAAACUCAAUAGCAUUGAUAGUUGGGGUCUUCCUUUGUCAAUUGUCCGAGAAUAUCACCGUAAAAACAUUUACGAAAUGUUCGACUGGCAGCGGGAGUGCUUGAGCAAUCGAAAGGUUCUAUUUGACAAUGCGAAUUUAGUUUACUGCGCUCCUACUUCGGCAGGGAAAACUUUGGUCAGUGAAAUUCUAAUGAUCAAAAAUGUGCUGGAAAAAGAGAAGAAAUGUCUGGUAAUUCUACCGUUUGUGUCGGUGGUUAUGGAAAAGAUGAAAUAUUUACAGGAACUUCUAACAUCAUCUGGAAUUGUGGUGGAAGGAUACUUUGGGGGAUACUCGCCGCGAAGUUUUGACACUGUCGAUGUCGCCGUCUGUACAAUAGAAAAGGCGAACGUAAUCGUCAACAAACUGUUGGAACAGAAAAAGAUCGAUUCCAUCGGUUGCAUUGUUAUGGAUGAAGUACAUCUAAUUUCCGAUCAUACUCGGGGGUAUGUUUUGGAGCUUCUGUUGGCUAAAAUCCUUUACGUCGAUCAGAAAAUUCAAUGCAACAUUCAAGUGAUUGCUAUGUCAGCUACAUUGCCAAAUUUAACAUUGCUAACGGAUUGGCUACGAGCCGAGUUCUAUCACACUGAUUAUCGUCCGGUGGUAUUGACCGAAAUGAUCAAAAUCAACGGUCAAAUAUUUAACAAUAAAAUGGAACUGUUGCGAACCAUAUCGGAUGAAGAGUGUAAGAAUUUUCCGAAAGACAUAGACAACAUUGGUCAGCUGUGUGUGGAGACGAUAGUCGAAGGAGGCUCCGUCAUCGUGUUCUGUCCAUCGAAAGAAUGGUGCGAAAGGCUAUCCAACGUUUUGUCAGCAUUCAUAUUUCAUAUCCGCAAAAGUGAAACGGACAUGGGAAUCAAGCUUCGCGACCAAAUCAAGUGUGCAAUGAUCGAAGAUACAAAGAAUCAAUUAAGGAAUUGUCCCACUGGGCUUGAUACCAUGUUGGACAGAACACUGUCCAAUGGAUGUUCAUUUCAUCAUGCUGGCCUCACAACGGAUGAACGAGACAUCGUGGAAAGUUCGUUCAAAUCUGGCUCUAUUCGAAUUAUUGUGUCAACCAGUACGUUAAGUUCAGGCGUUAAUUUACCGGCACGAAGAGUGAUUAUCCGAAGUCCAAUGGCAUUAGGGAAAAUGAUGGACGCCCUUACAUAUAAACAAAUGAUCGGUCGAGCUGGUCGUACCGGUAGAGAUACUGUGGGCGAGUCAAUUUUGAUUUGUGACAGCACGAACAAAAACACCGGCACAACUCUAAUUGCGGCAACACUAAAACCUCUGACUUCCUGUUUAAGCGUGAGAAAUUUCGCUCAUUUGAAACGAGCAAUUUUAGAAAUAAAUGCGUGCGGUAUGGCAACAACCAAAGCUGACCUGGAAGCAUUUUGCCAAUGCACCUUAUACGCAUCGGAACAACAUUACAAAUGCGAAAUAUUGGAAAGAGAUCUAAUCAGAACUGGUACCUCUACUCAAGAUGAAGGUCGUAUCAUCACCGACCCGAUUGGCAUAUCAAUGUCGCAUCUGUUGCGAAAGGAAUUCAUACAACUGCAGAGGAAUGACAGUACGAACGAAACGAAUUUCAUCGCGACACGUUUAGGACGAGCGUGUUUGGCAUCAUCGCUGCCACCUGAUGACGCUUUAGAUUUACGCAAAGAAUUACAAAAGUCACGGGAAUCGUUUGUCGUGGAAACGGAGCUACAUGCGAUUUACUUGGUAACGCCGUAUUCCAUUUGUAAUUCAGUUAGAAAUAUGGACUGGACUUACUACUUGGAUAUAUGGGAAAAAUUGCCGCCACCAAUGCGUCGUGUGGGUGAGCUAGUCGGUGUUAGAGAAGGCUUUCUCGUCAGGGCCGUGCGAGGGAUGAAUCUGGACUCAGCCGGACUGAACAUCCACACAAGAUUUUGGACAGCGUUAGCAUUUGAGGAGUUGGUUAGCGAAAAGAAUGUCAACGACGUGGCACGUAAAUUCAGAUUCCCACGAGGACAGUUACAAUCGCUACAACAGAAUGCAGCAGCUUUUGCUGCCAUGGUAACAUUAUUCUGUGAGGCACUGAAUUGGACGAUGUUGGCCAAAAUUAUCGCUGGAUUCCAAGAACGAUUAUUCUUUGGCGUCCAUCAUGACCUUGUUGAUCUUAUGAAAAUUCCCGAUUUGAAUAGUCGACGGGCGCGAGUUUUAUACGAUAGAGGAAUUUGCACCUUGUCCGAUUUGGCCAAUUCUGAUCUGUUUACGAUGGAGAAAAUCCUCAACGAUUCAAUAUGCUUCGACACGAAACAGAGGGAUGGUGAAAGUAAAUGGGAAUCAGAGCAGCGGAACAAGUUGCGGUAUCUUUCAAUCACUGGAAAACCGGGAAUAACCGUGCGUGAAGCUGCUAAAGAACUGAUUGAAAGUGCUCGACAAUGCUUGGAACUGGAAAUGGGAGUGGAAAACAUAGUCUGGUCAAAUAAAUCCCAAACAUCGCAAAGCCAAAGCAGACAAAAGAAAGUCGCGUCCACGGGAAUCACUUUACGCAUUCAAACCGACUCUGCUGACAGAGAUCGCAUCCGACCACAACAACCGUCCAACCGUAAACGAAAGCUCGACGAUGCUGAAUCCGAUUCGUCGGAGUGUUUGGUCGGAUCACAACGAUCCGGUAAAAAAUUUCGAUCUUCACCAUUCGACACGGAUUCUGAGUCGGACUUUGACAGUGACAGUGAAGUUCUAACUAACGAGUUGGCUUGCGUUCGUAUGAAUUCAGCUGGAAGCAAUUUGAUCGAAAACGAUCAAAACGAAUUGAUCGAGAAGCUGAUGGGACACCGAGUGUUCAAUGAAAUCAACAAGAUAAACGUCUUUCAACAUGUGGAAUUCUUCAAGGUUUUCGAAAGCAUCGUUAAAAACAGUCCAGUGAUCAGUGUUUCGGUUGGUGUCAAUCAAUUACUAAGACGCGCUCCCGUCAUCGGUUUAAGUUCGUUGGUGAAGCAACAACAUGGAGAUGAUGGCGAUAUCGAUAGUUAUAAUUGUACCUUUGACGAUGACAGAUUUAUCGCUGGUAUAUCGUUAUGCAUAUGCGACACUGAAGUGUAUUACUUGAAUCUACAAAAUGAAACUAGCGACGACGCAACCAUCACGUUUGACAUGAAAGUCAAAUUCCUGGUCGAACUUUUCCAUAUCAACAAAAUAACAUUUGUAAUGUACGAUGCCAAAGAGCAGCUGAAGGUGCUGCUGAAAUGUUUUCCCCAGUUAAGGACGUUCCGUGUUCAACUGCGUGAUCCACUUGUUGCUAAUUGGUUGCUACAGCCAGAUGUCUAUGGAAACCUAUUAACUAUGGUGAGACAAUAUGCCCCAGGUUGUGCAGGCAUCGGUGACAUUUCAGGAAUAAAUAGUAACAGAAGGAGCAUCGGCUUAAAUGGGAAAAGCACAGUGUCGCCCAUGAUGAGAUCUACAGUGGAAAGUUUCGCAGCUUUUCAUAUCAUGAACAGCCAAAUGGAACAUUUAACUAGAACAAAUCCAGAAAUGAUGACUGCUUUCACAGAUAUUGAAAUGCCCAUACAACGUGUUCUGCUCACAAUGGAACUAGUCGGAUUCCCUGUGGACGAACGAAAAAUUAGUGACAUUUCGUUGGAACUGACUAGCACUCUUCGAAGCCUAGAAAAUUCGAUGUUCCAAAUUCAUGGACGAUGUUUCAAUGUCAAAUCGAAAAGUGACAAGGCAAGGGUUCUAGGAUUAAAAGCCAUCAAUGGGAGAAUUUCCACGUCGAAACAAGUAUUGGAGAAACUCAAUCAUCCCAUUGCCCGAUUAUUGUUACAACACAAAACGGUCCACGCAACGCUAACGGGCAUCAUUCAGCCAUUUAUUCGUCAAAUUGUGAGCAACAGAAUAUAUCCCAGAAGUAGUUGUUUUUCGUCUACUGGAAGAGUUCAUCUGUCGGAGCCAAGUUUGCAGAAUGUCACAAACGAUUUCGAAGUGUCUGCGGACACUGGUCCAAAGACCAUAUCGUGUCGACGCGUCUUCGCACCAUGCUCUGGAACCGACCUAAUAUCUGCGGAUUUUUGUCAGCUGGAGUUGCGAAUUCUUACGCAUUUUUGCAACGAUCCCAAAUUGACCGAAGUGAUGCGAUCGAAUUCGGACGUGUUCAAAAUGAUUGCCGCCAAAUGGAACUGCAUUGAUGAAGAUCAGGUCACAGACAAACAGAGAAAUGAUUCAAAGCAAAUUUGCUACGGAAUCAUAUACGGAAUGGGGGUGAGAGCGUUGGCUGAAAAAAUGGACUGUGAAGAAGUGGAAGCGCAGGAGCAACAGGAAGCCUUUCUGAAGUGCUACUCGGGCAUUAGAAUUUUCACUGAAAAGAUCAUCGCUCGUGCCCGUGAAUGUAAAUUUAUCGAAACGAUUUCCGGGAGAAGACGUUAUCUUCCUGACAUUACGAGUAACAAUUCGUCGAAGAGAGCAAAGGCUGAACGACAGGCGGUGAAUUCUACAAUACAGGGCUCGGCUGCGGAUAUCGCAAAAAUAGCUAUGCUAGCAAUGGACAAAUGUGUGCGGCAGAAAGCUUGGAAAAAUGUGAAUUUAGUCCUGCACGUCCACGAUGAAUUGGUGUACGAAGCACCGAAGGGGUUUGUGAACGACGUUGUGAAGAAAUUGAAAACCAGCAUGGAAAGAAGUUAUUCACUAAAUGUUCCGCUGCAAGUUAAAGUUAAAGUUGGACAUGAUUGGGGAACGAUGCAGGUUGUCGAAUGUUGAACAGGUGUGUAAAUUUAAAAGUUUUUUUUUGUACAAAUUAUCAGGAGAAAAUAAAUGUUAAGGCCAA